ACACCACACAGAAUAAAAUUAUUUUAUGAAGUUUUCAAAUGAACUCGAGUCACGUUCAACAUAUGCCUCAAGGGCACACUGAGGGCCAGCAUUUCUAGAAGCCUGAAACACAUCUGUGGCAGCAGUAUUAGAGCUAUUUGAGUGUGUGUCUUUUGUGAGGAAGUGAUCCAGGCCGGUCUGACUGGAGCUCUGGGACUCUGCCAUAGACAUGCACUGUCACUGAGACCAGACCUGCUCCAACCUGGAUGGAUCAGAGACUACAGAGGCUGCAGAGGAAAUCAUCUCCACCAUAGUUGGAUGUUUUGGUUUCAGGCUUUGCUGGGAAUUGCCAUUGACUUUUGGAAGUUUGCAAUUACCAGACUGGAAUAAUGUCCAUGGACUGGCGUGGAGGUGAAAGGCUGCUUAUUGUCUUGUUUGUGAUGCUUAUCGUGGGGCUCAGCCACUGUGCUGGACAGAGCUAUGAACGCUGGGAGGCUGGGUCCUCAUGCUAUGGAGGAUUUGACCUUUACUUUGUGCUGGACAAGUCUGGAAGUGUACAGCACCACUGGAAUGAGAUCUACUACUUUGUUGAUCACCUUGCACACAAGUUCAUCAGCCCCCAGCUCCGUAUGUCCUUCAUAGUCUUUUCAACGGAGGGAAGGAUCUUGAUGAAACUGACAGAAGACAGGGAUCAGAUUCGUGCUGGGCUGGAGGAACUUCAGAUAGUCCAACCAGGUGGAGACACCUUCAUGCACAAAGGUUUUCAGAGGGCAAGCGAGCAAAUAUACUAUGGAACAGGAGAUGGAUACCGCACAGCGAGUGUCAUCAUUGCUCUGACAGAUGGAGAAUUACGCGAGAAUGAAUUUGACUUGGCAGCCAGAGAGGCUGGUCGCUCACGUCAGCUGGGAGCCUCUGUUUACUGCGUUGGAGUGAAAGACUUUAAUGAAACCCAGCUGGCAACAAUAGCUGACAGCAAAGAUCACGUCUUUCCAGUUAAUGAUGGCUUUGAAGCCCUGCAAGGGGUCAUUGAUUCGAUCCUGAAGAGAUCUUGUAUAGAGAUCCUCGCUGUGGAGCCCUCAAGUAUUUGUGCAGGAGAAUCCUUUGAGGUGGUAGUUCGAGGGAACGGAUUCCUUCAUGCCCGCGAUGUGAACAGAAUUCUUUGCAGCUUCCGUAUAAACAACACCCUCACCGUGAUGAAGAGGCCUCUGGUAGUUGAAGACACAUACCUGCUCUGCCCAGCGCCUGUACUGAAGGAGGAGGGAACGACUGCCUCCCUCCAUGUCAGUAUGAACAACGGCCUGAGUUUUAUCUCCAGUUCUGUGACCAUCACGACUGUCAGCUGUGUGAGUACAGUAACCCUGCAGGGCAGCAGUGCCAAGCCCACUACCACAGUUACACUGGGCAGAGCCACUGCCAGUACCACUACACUGGGCAGUACCUGUAGUUCAGCUCCAUCUUCAGUCUGCCCUCUGAACACAACCGACGGAACGUUCUUGGCCAUAGCACUGCUGAUACUGCUGCUGCUGAUCACUAUGGCCACACUCUGGUGGUUUUGGCCCAUCUGUUGCACAGUGAUCAUCCAUGAGCCGCCGCCACCAGUCAUGGACGACAGUUCGGAUGAAGAGGAUGAAGCCAACCCAAAGAAAAAAUGGCCAACGGUGGAUGCCUCGUAUUAUGGUGGGAGAGGAGUUGGUGGCAUUAAAAGGAUGGAAGUGCGCUGGGGAGAUAAGGGAUCCACUGAAGAAGGAGCCAAACUGGAGAAGGCAAAGAAUGCUCGGGUGAAGAUGCCAGAGCAAGAAUUUGAGUUUUCGACCACAAGGACCCUAAACAACGGCAUGCGGAAACCCAUCUCCCAUCAGAAGUGGUACUCACCAAUCAAGGGGAAACUGGAUGCCUUGUGGGUGUGGCUUAGGAGAGGAUAUGACCGCGUGUCAGUGAUGAGACCUCAGCCAGGAGAGAAGGGUCGCUGUAUGAAAUUUACCCGUGUGAAAUCCUGCCCGCCCCCUCGAUACCCGCUUUACAACAACCCCUCCAGCCACAUCUAUACCCUCCCCCAUAGCCAAUGCCCUCCUGUCCCACAGGGCACCCUGCCGCCCACCCCACGCUGCUCUGCCCACUCUCCAACCUCCAUCCUGCCCCCUUUGCCAUCAACCCCACCCCCAACAGCCAUAACCCCUCCCCCUUACACACCACCUCCAACCAGAGCUCUUCCUCCUACCUGUCUGACAAUCAAUGUGACUCUGCCUCCCUCUCCACCCACACCGCCGCCACCAACAAGCUUCCUACCACCUUUGUCAGCCAUCACCUUGCCUCCGCCCCCUCAGGCAGCUCCGCCUGGACGAGCCCCGCCCCCUUCUCGUCCACCACCACGCCCAGGCCCUGAGGAACCACAGUGCUACCUGGACUGAGUAGAUCUAAAUGACAAUGACUAAUGAUGGGAUUAAACGUGGCAGUGACUGUAUUAUUGCACACUUGAUUCUGAUUGGUUGACAAACAUGUCUAAAACUGCACCUUUAUGAAGUAGUUUUGAGGUUUGUUGACUUUCAACUUGCCAUGUUCUUCGCAAAAUGUUUUGUGGUUUUAAAUUAACAUAACAUCAAAGAGAGUCAGAGCAAAAGAACCAGAAAGAGAUAA